CAAUUUUGAAGAUGGAUUCUGAUGCAAGUUCCACGUGCAGUCGGUCUUCUUCACCCGAGCUGGCUGUGGACUCCAGCUUUUUCUCCAACAAGAUGUUUCAAGCUUACUGCGCAGACAGAGAAACAGGACAGCCCAGGUCUGAAAAAUCACCACAGAGUGCCGGAUCUGGUGGAAAGACCCGCGCACGGGCCGAUCUCUCCAAAGACGACCUGCAAGAUCUACGACUCAAAGUGAACAGCCGUGAGCGCAAACGCAUGCACGACCUCAACCAGGCCAUGGACGGGCUCCGAGAGGUGAUGCCCUACGCGCAGGGCCCAUCCGUACGCAAGCUGUCCAAAAUCUCCACUCUGCUUCUCGCCAGAAACUACAUCCUCAUGCUGUCCAGCUCUCUGGAGGAGAUGAAGAAGCUAGUAGGUGAUGUUUACGGAGCCAACAGUCAGAGUCACUCGGCUAGACGGGUUCUACCACCAGCUUCGGCUGCUCCGGCAUCCCAGUUGCCGCUGCUUUCGCUUGCCCCGUCUCUGCACUCUCUGGUGGGCAGUACUUCUCAGCACACCAGUACACCAACGGUGGCCCAUGCCCCUCAUUCUCCACCCUCGGCUGCGUAUCUGGGUUUCCCUGCUCCACCUCUUCCCACCCUGCUGAAAGACCCUCUGCAUCUCUCCAGCGGCUAUAGGCAUUUUCCCGGCAUGCCUUGCCCGUGCUCUCUCUGCCAGCCUCUCCCUGCUUCCACAGCCAGCCUGCACAGCCUCUCCAUGGGGAAGUGAUUCAGGCGAGGCCCAGGCUCCAGGCCCGGAGUAGGCCGAAGUUAAAAUACGGACUUAAGAAGAACUGAAACACAUCUGGAUGUGUUUCCAGAUGUGUUGUAUACUUUGUAAAUGUCUUGUACAGAAUUUCUUUUCUAACAAGCUGCUGCUAUUUUUAUAUCAAAGAAUGUUUUGUACUGGUAUAGCGUUUUUGAA